AAGGAUGCUGAGAAACAAAGUGAGGGGGUUGCCAUCACCAUAGAUGAUGAAGUGGUGAUUGUUGAUGAGAAGAUCAAUGACGAGAUCUUGGAAAAGAUAGUGGAAGCAAAAGGAAAAGGAAAGGUUGGAGAAGAGAAGAAAACAGUUAAAGAUGGUGAAGUUGUCACUCCUGCAAGUGAAAACUCUUUUGUUCCUCCUGCCUAUGAACCCAAGCUUCCAUUCCCAGGUCGAUUCAAGAGGCAGCUGCUAGAGAAGUACAAAGCUUUGUUUGACAAGCAAAUGAGUGAAGUCCAGGUCACAAUGCCCAUUAUUGACGCUUUCAUGCUGAUCCCUCAGUACAGCAAGUUCCUCAAAGAUGCUGUAGCUGCAAAGAAGAAAGAGAUGGAGGGCAUGGUGAUUCUCACUCAUGAGUGCAGUGCUAUCAUUCAGAGACUGGUCAUUCCAAAGAAGCUAGAAGAUCCAGGAUGCUUCACAUUACCUUGUGCUCUUGGACCUAUGGUAUUUGAUAGAUGUCUCUGCGAUUUGGGAGCUAGUGUCAGCUUGAUGCCCCUAUCUGUUGCUAAGAAGCUGGGUUUCACUCAGUACAAGAAGUGUAGACUUUCUCUGGUAUUGGCUGAUCGUUCAGUGAAGUACCCUGUGGGUAUCUUAGAGGACCUCCCAGUGAUGGUUGGAAAUUAUGAGAUCCCUACAGACUUUGUGGUGCUUGAAAUGGGUGAAGAAGCUCAAGAUCCUUUAAUCCUUGGAAGACCUUUCUUAGCCACAGCAGGAGCUAUUGUUAAUGUUAAAGAAGGCAAGAUUGAUCUCCAUCUGGGUAAAGGGCACGUUCUGCAUUUCGACAUCAAGGAAGUAAUGAGGAGGCCAACAGUUCAAGGACAAGUGUUCUACAUCGAAGAGAUGGAUGCCCUUGCUGAUGAACUCCUUGAAGAGUUGUCACUAGAGGACCCUCUACAGCAUGCUUUAACUGUAGAGAAGGAGGCUGAGGUGAUUGAGAACCUGGAGAGUACUGCCUAUGGGAUGAUGCUGGAUUCACACCAGGCGUUUUUCAGUAAGGACCAGUACGAGGAGCUUCCACAGAUGGUUCACCAACAAGUCUCAGUCACUCAACAAGAGGACAACCAGCAGGAUGACUGGAGUGAACUUAAGGCACCUAAAGUGGAGCUUAAACCUCUUCCCCAUGGUGUAAGGUAUGCAUUCCUUGGUCCUAAUGAAACUUACCCUGUCAUUGUGAGUAGUGAACUUACUGAAAAUGAGCUAUCUGAACUUUUGAAAACACUUAAAAGAUUUAGAAAGGCAAUAGGUUACUCACUAGAUGACAUCAAGGGGAUAUCACCCUCUUUGUGCAUGCAUAGGAUACAUCUUGAGGAUGAAUCAAUGACUUCUAUCGAGCAUCAAAGAAGGUUAAAUCCUAACCUGAAGGAUGUUAAAGGUGGUAUCACUGUGAUCAAGAAUGACAAGGAUGAAUUGAUACCAACAAGAACCAUCACAGGUCAUAGAAUGUGCAUUGAUUACCGAAAACUAAACUCUGCAUCUAGAAAGGAUCAUUUUCCACUACCAUUUAUUGAUCAGAUGCUUGAGAGACUUGCAAAUCACCCAUUCUAUUGUUUCCUUGAUGGGUACUCAGGAUUUUUCCAAAUCCCCAUACAUCCCAAUGAUCAAGAGAAAACGACAUUCACAUGUCCCUAUGGUACCUUUGCAUAUCGAAGGAUGCCAUUUGGUCUAUGUAAUGCUCCAGCCACCUUUCAAAGGUGCAUGAUGUCAAUUUUCUCUGAUCUGAUUGAGGAUGUUGUGGAGGUAUUCAUGGAUGAUUUCUCUGUCUACGGAUCUUCGUUUUCUGCUUGUUUGUCAAAUUUGUGCAGGGUCCUACAGAGAUGUGAAGACACCAACCUUGUGCUGAAUUGGGAGAAGUGUCACUUCAUGGUCAAGGAAGGGAUUGUGCUAGGACACAAGAUUUCAGAGAAGGGGAUUGAGGUGGAUAAAGCCAAAAUCGAUGUUAUGGUUGGUCUGCCUCCACCAAAGACAGUGAAAGACAUCCGGAGUUUUCUUGGUCAUGCUGGAUUCUACAGGAGGUUCAUCAAGGAUUUCUCCAUGAUCACUAGACCUUUGACCAGACUGCUGUGCAAGGAAGCUACCUUCAGUUUUGAUGUAGAAUGUCUACAAGCUUUCAAGAAGCUGAAAGGUGAACUCGUUAGUGCCCCAAUUGUCCAGCCACCUGAUUGGGAUCUCCCUUUUGAGAUCAUGUGUGACGCCAGUGACUAUGCUGUGGGAGCUGUUCUGGGGCAGAAGAAAGAUGGCAAAACCCAUGUGAUCUAUUAUGCCAGCCAAACCCUCAAUGAUGCCCAGAUGAAGUAUGCCACAACAGAGAAAGAGAUGCUGGCAAUUGUUUUUGCCUUUGAGAAGUUCAGGAGCUACUUGGUUGGGUCUAAAGUCAUUGUCUACACAGAUCAUGCCGCCUUGAGACACCUUUUGGCCAAGAAAGAUGCAAAACCCAGGCUUUUGAGGUGGAUCCUUUUGCUCCAAGAGUUUGAUAUGGAGAUCAAAGACAAACCUGGAGUUGAGAAUGGAGUAGCUGAUCAUUUGUCCAGGUUGAGGAUAGAGUCUGGUGUCCCUAUUGACGAAGGACUUCCUGAAGAGCAGAUCAUGGCUAUCGAAAAAGAACCUUGGUAUGCUGAUUUGGUGAACUACCUAGCCACAGGAAGAGAACCUUUGAAUCUUGUAGGGUAUGCCAAGAAGAAGUUCUACAAGGAUGUGAAAAGAUAUUACUGGGACGAACCCUACCUCUACAUUCUCUGCAAAGAUCAGCUUUAUAGGAGAGUAGUUGCAAAUGAGGAGAUUGAUGGGAUCCUUGCACAGUGUCAUGGAUCAUCCUAUGGAGGUCACUUUGCCACCUUCAAAACAGUUGCAAAAGUAUUACAAGCUGGAUUCUGGUGGCCACAUAUGUUCAAGGAUACACAAGACUUUGUUUCGAAGUGUGAUUCUUGGAGUCGUGCGUGGGAGCGAGGUCUCACAGCGACACCUCAAGGUCGCUCCAGCUGGGAGCGAGGGACGCAGAGAACCGUUCGACAGCAGACUUUGGCUGCAAGGAAAUCGCAAGAACAAGAGAAGAGGGCUGGGAAAAGUGUAGCAGUUCCCACUCAUGAGGAGAGUGAAACUGAGAGUGCUGAUGAGCAGGCACCUACGAAGAAAGCCAAGAUGUCCAAAGGAAAAGGGGUUGCUGUUGAUCGAGACAGGGCAAAAACUCCAUCUGUGGAGGAGCUGUAUGAUCACUUGAAGAAUGGGGUCACUUGGGCUCCAACCAGGAGUACUUUCUCGGAGAACACGGGCCUCUCGAUCCAAUUCAAGCAGCUUCAUCAAGGAGAAGGAGUGUCCCUACGCAACCUGACCCGCCUGUUGCAGACACGUCUGAGCAUAUCUAUGGACCUCCGCGCUACUACUUCAAGCCCCAUGACGGAGUCCUUCCCCCUGGAGCUCUCCGUGAUGCUCAUGACCACAUUGGUCGUCUCCAGAGGUGGAACAAAGCUCAGGACAGAACGAUAG